GUUUCUGCUGUUGACAAGUUACCCAACGAAGGGUGUUUGUUUACACUUACACAACACAACUGAUGAACCAAAAAAUCACAGGUUUUUUGGUUAUAGCAUGAUACGUGACGAGCUUUUGGCCUCUCUAAGUUCUCACAGUGAACAUGUUCAUGUUACGCCAACGAUAAACAAAAGAAAGACAUGAAAAGAAACUCAUUUAGGCAUAGCAAGUGAAGUGAAGUUUCAGGUUGAGAGCCUCAAACUGUUGACCCCUGACCCUGUAACUGCACCUUGUACUACUUACUACUUGUAAUUGUAAAUGAGGGCCUUGGUCUAUAUUAUGAUUCAUGACUGAUAAAUAAAACAAUGCGUGCCUGCAUUCAUCACGUGAUCUUCGAGUGGCUUCACCACAUCGGCAAAAUAAAAUCUUUGGUUCCUGUGAGCAAAUUGCACGUUCAUCAAACUAGAGUGAGGAUGGCGUCAUCAUCUGGAACUGGAACAGGUCAUUUGGACAGAACUGCAAACAAUGAAAGGCAUCAGGUUAUUUCACCUGCUCAAAUCAAAGAAGUGAAGAACAUUUCACCUACAGUCAAGCAGCUGCGGGUACAUGUGAUGGAUAGUUGCUUCUUUUUUAAAGCAGGCCAAUGGGUGGACAUGUUCAUCCCUGGUGUUGACGUAGUGGGUGGCUACUCCAUGUGCUCUGCACCCCACACACUGGUCUCCACUGGUCAGCUCGUUUUGGCUGUGAAGUCAUCGCCUCAUCCUCCUGCUCACUGGGUCCACACUAAGUGUAAAGAAGGAAGUGAGGUGAAAAUGAGAGCUGGAGGAGAUUUUUUCUAUGAUCCACCCAAGCAUGCCUGUACUGAGGACCUCUUGCUUCUUGCUGGUGGUGUGGGUGUUAAUCCGCUGUUCAGUAUCCUUCAGCAUUUCAUCCAUUUACACCCCUCACAAGAGCGUGACAGAAAUGCAGGGGCCAAGAGUCAACCAAAAGUUUCUUUCUUGUACAGUGCUCAGAAUAUGGAAGAACUAAUAUUUAAGGAAGAACUGAAAGAGAUUGCUGGUAAGAAUCCAAAUGUCAAUUUGAAAAUGCACUGUACGAGACAGGCAGUUGAAAGUGCAGACUUCAUCUCAGGUGGAAGGAUUGGUCAGAAAGACAUUGAGCUGACUUCUUCUCAGCUGGACAAAAGCAAAGCACAAGUGUACAUAUGUGGGCCAGGAUCUUUCAUUAAGUCUAUGGAAUUGUACUGUCAGAACUCAGGGUUUAACAAGUCAUCAAUCUUUUACGAAACAUGGUGGUAAUAAUAAUACUUGUGAGCGUGUGUGCAAUUCAAUGUUGAAUAAAUGUUGUCUGAUCAGAAAAGAUACGUCUGAUGUUGCUGAUCUUGACUUUUCUUUUUGUCUUUACUGCCGAUUCUCUGUCAAAAUCUUUACCUGUUAUUGUAUCAUGUUUAAGAAAAUGUGAGCAAUUCCGUGCAGUAUUAUGUACAUGUACAUACAGGUAGGCUAUCAUGUUCAGAUGUGACCAGACAAAAUUUUUGUAAAUCGUUGAUGACAAAAGAAAAAGUUUAAGAAAUGUGUUCAAACUAAACCAAUAAAUUGUAUAAAUUCUUGAA